UUUCAUUUCUCACACACCGAGUUGAGAGUUGAGUGAGAGAAUACGACGAGUUUCAGAAAUAUGUUGAGAGUAAGUUUCUUAAUGUUGCUUGCCAUGGCUUUGGCAGCAACUAGUGCUCAUGCUCGCCUAGAUCUAUUUGGCCAGCUACUCACCUCCAAGGACCAACCAAAUCCCAAUUAUGAAUGCCAGAAAAUUCCAUUUCUACUAUGCGGCCGUGUCUGUGACGCUUGCAUUUGCGAUAGACGUGCUCCAGAGUUUGCAGAGUGCACUUGCGGACAGUGGAAACCUUAUGCAGAACUCCAAAAAUCUGACGAAGCACAAGUGCAGGUGAUAGGAUUAGAAAAAUCUUCUAUUAAAGCUAAGUCUUCAGGCGUCAUUCCAUAUAAUGAAUGCAUCAAAGUCUGCAAAAUUUGUGCUUGUACACUAAUCUGGCCCCCUGAGGCAAAUUGGUGCAUUGAUUGCCGCGAGACUGAAGCUGAAGGCAGAACCCUCCCCAACUAGCUUAGCUGCUAGCUUCUUCCCCAAAUGGUCGAGUUCGAUGAUAAAUAAAAGGGCUAUAAUUUGUUGGAUUUACUCCUACUGAUGUUGCCCUAGACUUCCUUUGAGUUGCCUUAAUGAUGUGUUUUAAGGCUUCAGUUAGUUUCUAUGUAGAAUAAGCUUGUAUUUGCUAUGCCUAGAUGUAAGCGGUCUUAAUUAUGUCGUGUACUUGUUUUAAGUUUCAAUCAACUUGUUAUGAAAAUAAAGUUUACGAGCAUUAGCGUUAA